GGCUCCUGCACUGUGUUGCUGCCCAUUCUGAAGAUUCUCAGCAGAGACGAUGUUAGAGCUUCAACUCUCAGCAGUUAUUUUUCCUGUACAGUUUCAACGUAUGUGUUUAGACUUUGGGAGCAGAAGUCUCAGACUGUCAUUUAAAAAUCUAUUUGUUCAAGCUUUGUUUUGUGCUGUUGUUUUGGGGGGGAUCACAAUGAGCAGAAUCAUGGAUGACGUCCGAGGCAACGGAAAUCCCUUUUGCCAACUGGGAAUGAUGAACUGGACCCUGAUUAUGUCUUGGUACCUGUAAGGACGCAAGGAAGACUUGGGCUCUCACGACCCUCUCCGGGUGACCAAACCAUUGCGAGAUCACACACAGCCCUCUCCCAUCCGCAGAGAGGACGAGACUGCGGCAAUGGAAACUAUUUCCAAUGAAAGUGACAUCUGGCAGCUGAACGAACCUUGGAGGAACUCGACCCUCCUGAACGGGACCAUCGGGGUGAAUCAAACGAACCCCCUGAAGCGGAAUGAGGAGGUGGCGAAGGUGGAGGUGACCGUGCUCGCUCUGGUGCUCUUCCUGGCGCUCGCCGGGAACCUGUGCGUCCUGCUGGCCAUCCACACCACCAAACACAGCCAGUCCCGCAUGUAUUACUUCAUGAAGCACCUGAGCAUCGCCGAUCUGGUCGUGGCUGUAUUUCAGGUCCUCCCUCAACUUAUCUGGGACAUCACAUUUCGCUUCUACGGACCAGACAUUUUAUGCAGGUUGGUGAAAUACCUGCAGGUCGUCGGGAUGUUUGCCUCCACUUACAUGUUAGUUUUGAUGUCCGUAGACCGCUGUUUGGCCAUUUGUCAGCCUCUCCGCUCUCUGCACAGAAGAAAAGACCGCUUUUAUGUGAUAUCUUCUUGGCUCCUCAGUCUGCUCUUCAGCAUCCCGCAGAUGUUUAUCUUUUCCCUCAGAGAGGUCGGCUCAGGAGUGUACGACUGCUGGGGCGACUUCGUGAAACCAUGGGGAGCCAAAGCUUACAUUACAUGGAUCAGCCUCACUAUCUAUAUCAUCCCGGUAGCCAUACUUAGCAUUUGUUACGGGCUCAUCAGCUUUAAGAUAUGGCAAAACUUUAAGCUGAAAACCAGACGCGAGCAGUGCAUCAGCCUGACGCCCAAAACCUGCAAAAGCAACACGCUGGCCCGGGUGAGCAGCGUAAGGCUCAUCUCCAAGGCGAAGAUAACCACCGUGAAAAUGACUUUUGUGAUUGUGGUGGCAUACAUCGUGUGCUGGACCCCCUUUUUCUCAGUCCAGAUGUGGUCUGCGUGGGAUCCAGCUGCACCCCGUGAAGCCAUGCCCUUCAUUAUCUCCAUGCUGCUUGCAAGCCUCAACAGCUGCUGUAACCCCUGGAUCUAUAUGUGCUUCGCUGGGCAUCUCUUCCACGACCUGAGGCAGAACUUCCUGUGUUGUUCCGCUCGCUACCUUAAGUCAUCCCAGUGCCGCUGCGAGCGUGACUUUGACUCCAGCCACAAGAGCAACUCAUCGACCUUUGCCAUUAAGAGCACCAGCAGUCAGAGGAGCAUCACACAGACAUCCAGCACGUAAGCCCCUGGCCUCCCGUUUUUUUCCUCUCUCCCAAGCUGCCCACUCAGCCUCUCACUACAUGCUGCUCCCCAUAAAUUUUCCAGUGGUUCGAUCUCUUUAAAAUGCCUCUCUCUGCAAGAGUUGCUGUUAAAGCAAAGAAGGUGUAAAAACAAAAAAACAAAAAACAAAAAAACACAGUACUCUCACUUCAGCAUACAUGUAUAAUUUAACUGUGAAACGAAAAACUUUAAUGAACAGAUUGCCUUUCCAUAAGGUUUCAAUGAGAUAAUCAUGGACUAAAAUCAAUGAGUGAAAGAUACUUUUUCUAUGUUUUUGUUUUU